AUGCUUAAGAAUUGGAUUCGUGAAACAGCGAAAGAUGAUAUAGAACGAGAGAUGAUUGCUAUUGCUGAUGAAGAAGAUGCAGAAACAGCUCAUAACCGUGAAAAUAUGUUCAACUCUCAAACCUUCACAUCUCAACCUUUCACUUCUCAACCCUUUGCCUCUCAAAUUCCAUCACAUUGUACACAAAUUAACCUCACUGAUGACGAUGAUGUUGUCGAAAUUCCCACAAGCACAAAAAAAUCAAAGAGAAAAUGGUCUGUUUCAGAGGAGAUUUGUCUUGCACAAGCUUGGGGCACCAUCAGCAAUUCCUCUAUAGUUGGAAAUGCACAAAAAAAUAAAGAAUUCUGGGAGAAGACUGUCGAAUAUUACAACGCAGCAAGGCCAAAGGACUCAGAACCUCGAAAAUGGGAAGCUAUUAAAUCUCAUUACUAUCAUAUAAUGCCUGAUGUUAAUAUUUUUUCAGGUUGGUACAAUAACUUCUAUGAAAAUCGAGCUAGUGGCCAAAGUGACGAGGAUGUUCUAGACGCUACACUAGAAAAGUGGCGAAGCGUAAAUCCAAAAAAGGAGUUCAAGUACCAGCACGUAUGGAAGAUAAUGAGAGAUUUAGAAAAAUGGGCUCCACAACAAAUGGCUCGUCAUGCCAGUAAGAAAGCUAAGACAUCUGAGUCGGAAAGUCAUACGUCAACAGAAGGCAUGCCUGAAGUUCGGAGACGUCCAAUGGGGCAACAACGAGCAAAGAAACUUGAUAAAUCAAAAGGAAAAGGUAAAUUGGUUGAAGAAUCAAAUAAUAAGUGGGAACAAAUGUUGGAGAUUAAAACAAAAGAAUUUGAGCGCGCAGAUGGAGAGCUUAUGUUGAAAGAAUUCGAAACAAUUAGAAUGGACACUAGCGGAAUGACAGAUGAAGAACUCCACAUUCAUUCCAUGAUUGUGGCAAGUAUUAAAGCAAAACGUAAUUGGUGA